AUGAAUCAAUUCGGUGGACCAUCAACCCCGGUUUAUGCUGUGAUCUCUCCUGCCACCACCGAGAGUACAUUGGCUGGCUCGCCUACCGUCGUGAAGCACGAAGACGGCUCUGUGACGGGUUCGGAACCUGCAAAGAAGAAGCAGAAGAGGAAUAAACCAACGCUUUCCUGCGAGGAGUGUGUAGAGAGGAAGACUAAGUGUGAUAGAGGCCGACCCCAUUGUCUUGCAUGUAUAAAACGACAAACCGAAUGCAGAUAUGCCCACGUUGCAAAUAUUUUAGAGGAAACGAACCGCACGGUCAAUAGUACCACGCGAAUGACCAAACCACCAAAGAAGAAGUCUGUAGUAAACGAGUUUGAAGGACCGAAACAAGUUCCACAUCCGCAUGAGAGGAGUGCUUCUAGGGGCUCGACAUCUUCAUCCGUCGGCCUCCUCUCGAAUGUCCCUUAUUCUCAUCCUUCAGCCUCGAAUGUCUUCGGCAUUGGAUCUGAACAUCCAUUUGCAAAUUACUGGACAUGUCAAGGAGGACUGACGGAAGUGAUAUCAGUUCUUCCAGAAAAGUUGCAAUCAGAUAUCCUUCUAGAACGAUAUUUCGAAUGCGUCGACCCGGUUUACCCUAUGUUGCAUAGACAAACCUUCUAUGCCGACUACACACAUUUUUGGUCCUUGCCUCAACCCGAGAGAGAUCGCGCCGAUGCCGCAUUUGUAGCAUUAGUUUUCUCCAUGCUUGCUAUGGGAACUCAAUUCGUAACAACAACUUCACCGCGAGAGCGCCAGCAAACCGCCGAGUUCUACGUGUCCGCAGCCCAUCAGUCUCUCCGGAUGAGUUCAUAUCUCAACAAAGCCUCCGUCCGCUCUAUCCAAGCCAUGGUAUUAGUAACCUACUUCCUGAUAAACGACAACCACGCCUCAGACGGCUGGGCAUUCGCCGGUAUCCUCAUCCGCCAAGCCUACGCCAUGGGCCUCCACCGGGACCCGAACAUCGUCUCCCCGCACGCGAGCACCUUCGACAAGCAGCAGCGGCGCAAACUCUGGCAAGCCGUGCUCCUACAAGACACCUUCCUCACAGUCCUCCUCUCCCUCCCCCCCAGCGCAACCCACACCGACGUCUCCGUCGAAGACCUCCAAGACGACGCCUCCAGCAUCGCCAACACAAACCCCACCGACACAGCCUACAUCCGCGGCUGCUGGACCCUCGCAAACCUAGUCCAGGAAACCAUCUGCUCCCCGCGCUCCCUCGACCUCCCCAUCUCCUCAACCCCCCGCCAGAAAGCAAAACUCCUCGCCGACUUCCGCGCCGUCUACCGUUCCUUCCCCGACGUCUUCCGCUGCUGGGACACUGAGACCAUCGCGCUGCUUACGCAGACGAACAAGCGCAUCGUGCGCCAGACAUUAUUUCUAACCAGUAAUUAUUUUCACAAUGUCAUGUUGUUGCAUAGCAGCGUGAGUGAUGAGGUUCCGAUUAAUGCGAGAGGAGCGCUGGAGGCCGCGCAUGAUGCGAUUACUGCGUUCUUCUUGUUUUACGAGCUGUUUGAUUCUGAGGCGAAGGUGUGGUGGGUGUUUAAUCAUAGGGCGUUUUUAGAAGCGCUUUGUAUUGGGGGAAUAAUUAAGGAUACGGUCAAGGAAGAGGGUGGUCUGGACUUGCUGGCAAGGGAUCCGUUGUUUGUUAGAGCUAAGGGUGAUAUUUUACGAAUGAUUGAGGUCAUGCAAGCGAUGAGUGAAGGCGAGCACGGUUCAGCUGUGGCAUUGACGCGGGUAUCUGUAUUGACGGCCUACUUGUAA